UGGACUUCUGGCUUAUUUUAUCACGGGAUAUAUAAACGGAAAAGGGGGUUUGGAAGGAUGGCGAUGGCUGCUCUUGUUAGAAGGACUGUCUACUUUUGUUUUAGCAUUAGCUUCCUUUUUGAUUCUUCCAGACUUCCCAGAAACUGCCACAUUUCUAACUGUUCAAGAAAGGGAUUACUGGGUAACUUGUCUUCGUAAAGAUGAUGGUACAUUCAGCGAUCCUCAACAUCACGCAAAAUUCAAUCUUC